CCGAACGAUGAAGACGAAGAAGCGGGUUCUAAUAACAGUGGCUUCUUUGGGCUUGUUCUUCAUCGCAUUUCAGAUCAGUGGCUCAUCAACCUCCAGAUUUCUUAAUAAUGCAGCAUUUCCAGCUAAGAUUCGAGAAACAACUCGUGAGGAAUCCAAGUUGAUCAGUGAACAAAUAUUUACUGAUCUUCCAGAGAGUCCGAUCGUCUGUGACCGAACCUCCAUACGUUAUGAUCUCUGCUCAAUCAACGGUCCAACAGUCUUGGAUUCAGCCACAUCAACUUUCUUCACUAUGAACUCGACCGGACCUCCAUUGAUGGAAAUAAUCAGACCCUAUCCUCGAAAGUUUGAAGACCUCAUAAUGGCGCAUAUCAAGAACCUUACUCUCACUGUCGGACCACGAAUCCCGUCGUGUAGGGUUCAACACGAUGCUCCUGCCCUAGUAUUCACCGCCGGAGGAUACACCGGAAACUUUUGGCAUGACUUCAACGAUGGAUUCGUCCCUCUCUUUAUCACCGCCAAUACCAUAUUCCCCGAUCAAGACUUCGUCAUUGUGGUUUCCGAAGCUCCCAAGUGGUGGCCGAGUAAGUAUGCCGAUUUACUACGCACGUUCACCAAUCAUCCCAUUAUAAACCUAGGAAGUGAUACCACCACACAUUGUUUUCCUUCUGCCAAGAUAGGCCUCAUAUCACAUGGCUUCAUGAUCAUAAACCAAACAAUGAUACCCAACUCAAAGACAUACUUGAAUUUUCGUGGCCUCCUUAGUAAAGCUUUUAGCCAACAAGCUCAAGUUCAAAUUAUCACCCCUAAGCUCACAAAACCUCGGCCCCUACUUGUUCUAGCGAGCCGACGUCAUGCCACCGGACGCUCGAUCAUGAACCAAGCCCAAGUCAUUCGUUUGAUAAAGAAAGUAGGUUUUGAUGUAGUGGUGUUUGAGCCUAAAACCAAAACCCCAUUGCAAGAAUCUUAUGCAUUACUGAACUCAAGCCAUGCAUUUGUUGGGGUUCAUGGAGCUGCACUUACGCACUCAUUGUUCCUCCGGCCGGGGGCGGUGUUCGUGCAGGUGGUGCCGAUCGGAAUAGGUUGGGCGGCGGAAGCGUUUUUUGGGAGGGUAGCAAUGGGAUUGAAUUUGGAGUAUUUUGAGUACAAAAUUGAAGUAGAAGAGAGUACCUUGAAGGACAAGUAUGGAAAGGACAGUUUGUUGGUCAGGGAUCCAUUUGCUCUUCUUAAAACGGGUUGGCCCCCGGAGGUUAUGGACAUUUACUUGAAAGAACAAAAUGUGAAACUGGAUUUGGUUAGGUUUAAGAGAUAUUUAAAGAAAACUUUUAAGAAGGCUACGAGAUUUAUGGAGAACAAUGGUUGA